AUGACACCUCCCAUUCCGAGCAAUGCCAACGGCACACAAUUCACACAACCAGCCGAGUGCUACAACUCGCGCGAUGCCGUGCCCGCCACCAUGCCCUCCAAUAUCGAAUAUUAUAAUCAGGUCCCGCUGUACCAGACAAAAAGCCCACACAGAGAUAUGAAGGCUGUUUUGCAGUCUUGCUGUUCGAAUGGGGUGUGGAUUUAUGAGGAUCCGGAUCCUUGUACGGCUAUCUGUGAUUCGACUUCUUCUGCUGAGACGAAGAAAGUCAUGUACUGCUUGAAUGCUCAGAUGGUUGUACACGGAACAAAAACGGAGAAGAAUUCUGGGGCAGUGAGGCGUCCGGCGAUGGGCUGGGUGUCUUUGAUGGUUGGGGGAUUGCUUUUGUCGGGGAUGUUUAUUUGA